AUGAAGAAGAGCAUUAGGAAGGACAAGAAAGACUACAUAGAUGGACUGGCAGCUAAAGAAGAACAGGCAGCAUACAACAGCAACAUGAAACAGCUGUACGACACGACUAAGAAACUGUCUGGGAGGUACAGCAAGCCAGAACAGCCCAUGAAGGGCAAGAAGGGAAAGGUCAUUACAUGACUAGUGCAGCAGAUGAAUAGAUGAUUUGAACACUUUGAGGAGCUCCUGACCAGACCAGCACCUCCCCAUUAACUGCAGAAAGAUGACUAGAGAAGAGAUCAGGAAGCCCAUCACCCUGAUGAAGAAUGGGAAGGCAGCUGGACCUGAUAACAUACCUGCAGAGGCCCUGAAAGCAGACCUGAAAUCAUCAGUGGAGAUGCUGUACCCACUCUUCGAGAAGAUCUGGGAGGAAGAAGAGAUUCUGGAAGGAGGGUUAUCUUAUCAAGCUUCCAAAGAAAGGUGA